AUGGGAGACUCUGCAUCGUCCAGUCUCAAAGAGACCAGUAAUCGGCCUCUGCGAGCGUGGACCAUGUCGGCGAGUUCAAAUUCAAUGGAUCGCUCGAGUCGGAGCAACGAUCGUUCCUCUGUCGAUUCAACGGAACGGCCCAAAACUCAAGGAGGUGAAGCGGCUGAUUCCGCCAAGGCUGGCUCCAGCGGAUUCUCCAAGCUCAUCAGCUCCCGGCGGAAGAACAAAAAGAAAAAGAAUCACGACGAGCUCUCAAGUGACGCGCCACCUGUGCCCGAAGUCCUCCUCGAGCGAAACCUGCGUCAAAGCCAAUCCAACGACUCCCGCAGCAGUGCUUCCGGCAUUCAAUCAUCGAAUACCAGCUUGAUUAUGCCGGAAAAUGAGCCUAUCAACCUCUUGACUGAUGAUUCUGAGCCCGAAAGGACUCCACCCCUCACCUCUCACAACUCCCAUGCCGGAUUCUACACCUUAUCCUCGCCACUCAUCAAGACGACUCCAGUCGACAAUGGCAAUACGAUAGCGAGUCAAGCUGAUGUCGAUUCGGUUGCCAGUGGGACGAGCGGAGUUGGAUCCGAGUCCGCGCCGAGUGACGCGGGAGAUCGCCACUCGAGGCCGGGGACACAAUCCAGUAUGACGCUCGAUGUCCCGGCUGAUGCGGGUAGUAAGCGUCGCAGUUCAUCGCCAGGACGGCGGAUCAAGGAUGUUCUGGGCUCUGCCGAUAAGAAGAAUGUGACCGCAAAGGACGACGCGUCCACAAAGUCCUCAAGCAGUCGAAGUGCACGUAGCUUGUUCAGCAGUCGUCGAAGCAGUCUGUCGAAAAAGCGCGCAUCAACCACCUCGGAAGUUCCGCCAUCGCUGCCCGAGCCAAUUCGAACGGACCUGACAGAGAAACCCCCCCGCGAAAGAUCUUUGCAAGCAAGUCCAAUGCCCAAAACUCCUCCUCAGAACGCCAUCGUGGCGCCAGAAACCACAGUCACGCCUCCGACCCCGACAGAUCAUCGCCCUCUCAUUCCUCCGUUGUUAUCGAAUGUCGUAACCGACUCUCCCGAGUCCAUCGGGUCCCGUGCCUCUUUGUCAGGUCCCGAGACUGGCAUUGCUGUAAGCCCCUCUGGAAAUAUGAUAUCGCACCGUAGGGCCCGCUCGGCCUCGGCCGCUCAUGUGCCUAGCAAAUUGUCAACUUCUGUGACCGCUCUCAGCCCCCUGGAAGAAGCGAAAACACCCAAAGUAGGAUCCGGUCCACAAGGCGGCUUCUUUUCGUCGGUCUUCUCGGUGGCUCAGAACGCGGCCACAUCGUUGAGUAAUACUCUCAACUCCCAACAAAAGAGCCGCGGGAAUACCCCUAGCACCAACCCCAAGGAGGAGAACCCUACCCCCCACAACGCCGAUGAUCUAUCAGGUCGUGCCAAUAAAGGCGAGGAGCAAAAGACGACCACAGUCGAACCGCUUGGUUCGGGGAACCUCAAUUUCAGCCAUUUAGGCAUCGAAAAUUCAACCGGCGAAGGUGUGUCCGGAGCAGAUGGAAGCCUUCUCUCGAAGCAAACGCCCUCCGCAGCAAAGCGCAGAAACACGACAAUGAAUGAUCGAGACGAAGAGGCGGCCAGGCUUGAACAUCAACGGGCAGCCCGCGCGGUACAUCAGGCUUACGAGAAACCCGAUCCUUCCGCCAUCGGAUCUCCAAGUGAUGACGCAUUGGACGUUCAGUCCACUGUGUCUCUACCCAAAGAAGGCGCGUCAUUUACCGGGGACCAAACUCCCCCAAAUGGCAGCGUUGUUGACGGUGAUAUUGGCAGUGGUAGCAUCCGGCGCACUGGGAGUGUGCGUAGUCGCCUUGCACGACGCCAUCGUGGAUCUUCUGGCGCGACUGCCUCCACCAUUGGCGCAAUUGGCGCCACUGGUCUGGCUCUUGGUGUUUCCGGCAUUAAUGCCAGCGUUCCUCGGCUGACAGGCUUUGCUGUGACCAGCAAAAAACGGAACAGAGACUUUCAUCAAUUAUUCAGAAGCGUGCCCGAGGAUGACUACCUAAUUGAGGAUUACAGCUGCGCACUACAACGAGAGAUCAUCCUGGCCGGUCGAAUCUACAUCUCCGAAGGCCAUAUCUGUUUCUCAAGCAACAUCCUUGGCUGGGUGACUACGCUUGUCAUUAGCUUCGACGAAAUAGUGGCCAUUGAGAAGGAGACUACGGCCAUGGUCUUUCCGAACGCAAUUGCUAUUCAAACUCUUCAUGCUCGUCAUACUUUCCGCAGUUUGCUUAGCCGAGAAUCGACCUACGAUCUGAUGGUCAACAUAUGGAAGAUCAACCAUCCUGCGCUCAAGAGCUCAGUGAACGGUACGCGCGUAACUGAUGGCACUGGCGACAAGACCGAAAAAGUGGGAGAUGCCGAGUCGGAAAGUGAUGAGUCCGAUGAAGAUGAGGUCUAUGAUGAGGAUGAGGAAGGGGACAAUGGGGACAGUUUCUUUGAAGCCGGCCCCAGCGCGAACGCCAGUGAGAGAUCAUUGCCAGCUCGCGGAAGCCUGAGUCGCCAAGCCUCGGGUAACCUCGCCACUGCACCCGCACCCGCCGCUACAUCGAAUGGAUAUUCCGAUGUGAAAAAUGGCGAGAAAUCGACCACGUCGAAGGAAGCGGACUUCCCAGGGCCAGCAACGCACGCCCCCACUGAAUACAGCGAACCAGAUGGGCAGUAUGAGAAGGUCAUUAAAGAUGAACUCAUCCCCGCACCGUUAGGAAAGGUUUACAACCUGGUUUUUGGACCCGCCUCGGGCGAAUUCAUGACGAAGUUCCUCGUGGAUAACCAAAAGUCUGGAGAGCUGCAAUUCGAAGGCACCCCGAAGGGACUGAGUAACGAAAGCCGGACCCGAAAGUACUCCUAUAUCAAGCCCCUCUAUGGCUCCAUUGGUCCCAAACAAACCAAAUGUAUCAGUACUGAAACUUUGGACUUUUUGGACCUGGAGAAGGCUGUUCUUGUGACUUUGAGCACUCAGACACCGGACGUGCCCAGCGGAAAUGUUUUCGCGACGAAAACCAAAUACCUUUUCACCUGGGCUGCUGGCAACCAAACACGCUUUUUGAUGACAUGCACCAUUGAAUGGACCGGCAAGAGCUGGCUGAAGGGUCCUAUUGAAAAGGGUGCGAUCGAUGGUCAGACCACCUUUGGUACUGAUCUUCUAAAAACCCUCAAGGUUGCAGUCGUUCCCCGAGGUCGGACUAAUGGUGUCGCCAAAGGGAAAGGGCGGCGUAAGAAGGGCGGCUCAGCGUCUAGUGAGAGUGCCACCAGCGCCGUCUCAAAGACUGCUGCGGACUCGGCGCCUAGUCAAAAGAAGACUUGGAUGGCUUUUCAUCCCCAGUUGAACGCCAAUCUCGCAGUAUUAGUGGUUGGUAUAUUGCUAUACUUGGCCUUUUUCCGUGCACCAUCCGUCUCGUCACGACACAGCCACGACGCAAACUUUUCUGGACUGAGUCUCCCUCAACGGCUUGCUGCUUACGAAGAAAUGUGGCACCGAGAGGAGAGCGAGUUGUGGAAUUGGUUAGAGGAUCGGGUGGGCAUGGAUGGUAUGACGUUCCCGGUUCUUCCUCAUCGCGCCUCCGAUGAUCACGCAGGUCGCCCACGCUUUCGCCUCAGUCCUGCGGAUGAGCGCGAUCUGCUGACUCGCAUACAAGAUGAGCAAGUCUCUGACCGAGAGAUGGACCACGCCAUCCGAACCACACGUCAGCGACUCGAUGUUCUCGAGCAAAUGAUGAGCAGCCGCAGAGCCGCACGCGUAUCCGCGCGUGAACCACUGCAAAGCGAUCAAUAA